UGGUGACCUUUGAGGACGUGGCUGUGAACUUCACCCAGGAGGAGUGGGCUUUGCUGAAUCCUUCCCAGAAGAAUCUGUACAGAGAUGUGAUGCAGGAAACUGUCAGUAAUCUGGCCUUUGUAGGAAUAAAAUGGAAAGACCAGAACACUGAAGAACUGUACCAAAAUCCUGGCGAAAACCUGAGAAAUCAUGUGGUAGAGAGACUCUGGGAAAGGGUAGAAGGUGGUCAAUGUAGAGAAACUUACACUCAGAUCGCACAUCUCAGACUUAGCAAGAAAACUCCUGCUGUAAAAUCCUAUGACUGCAGUGUGUGUGGAGAAGUCUUCAUUGGUCAUUCAUCCCUUAAUAGGCAUAUGAGAGUACACGCUGAACACAAACUAUGUGAACGUAAGGAUGGAAAGAAGACAGAUGAAGAUAAGCAAUGUGGAAACGCCUUCAGUUUUUGCUGUUCCUUAGAAGAAUCUGAAAGAACUUGCAUUGAAGAGAAAUCCUAUCAGUGUAAGGAAUGUGGAAAAUUCUAUCUUUCUCUAUCAAACUUUCAAAGACACAUGGAAAGGCACAGUGGAGAUAGACCUUAUAAAUGUAAGACAUGUGGCAAAACCUUUUAUUCUCCCAGUUCUUUUCAGAUACAUGAAAGAACUCACACUGGAAAGAAACUCUAUCAAUGUAAACAGUGUGGUAAAAGUCUAAGUACUUCCAAAGCCUUUCAGAUACAUAAAAGAACUCAUACCGGAGAGAAGCCUCAUGAAUGUAAGGAAUGUGGGAAAGCUUUCAAUUGUCCCAGUACUUUCCAAAGACAUAAAAGAACUCACACUGGAGAAAAACCCUAUGAGUGUAAAAAAUGUGGUAAGGCUUUUGGUCGUUUCAGUUCUUUUCGAAUACAUGAAAGAAUGCAUACUAGGAAAAAUACAUACUAUGAAUGUGAUGAAUGUGGGAAAGCUUUCAUUUCUCUUUCAUCUUUUCAAAGGCACAUGAUAACACACACUGGAGAUGGACCUCACAAAUGUAAGGAAUGUGGAAAAGCAUUCAUUAGUUCUAGUGCUUUUCAAAUACAUGAACGACUACACACUGGAGAGAAGCCCUUUGAAUGUAAACAGUGUGGGAAAACCUUAAGUAGUGCCAGUUCCUUUCAAAUACAUGAAAGGACUCACACUGGAGAGAAACCCUAUGAAUGUAAGGAGUGUGGGAAAACCUUCAGUUGUCCCAGUUCCUUUCAAAGACAUGAAAAGACUCACUCUGGGGAGAAGCCAUAUGAGUGUAAACAGUGUGGUAAGGCCUUUAGUCGAUCCUGCUACCUUCAGAUGCACGAGAAGUCUCACACUGGAGAGAAGCCCUAUGUUGGGGAGAAGCCCUAUCAGUGUAAACUGUGUGGUAAAGCAUUUCGUAGUGCUAGUUGCUUUCAGAUUCAUGAAAGAACUCACACUGGAGAGAAACCCUAUGAAUGUAAAGAAUGUGGGAAAGCCUUCAGUUGUCGAAGUUCAUUUAAAAGACACGAGAAAAUUCACACUGGAGAGAAACCCUAUGAGUGUACACAAUGUGGUAAAGCCUUCGGACGUUACAGUUCCCUUCAGAUACAUGAAAGAAAUCACACUGGAGAGAAACCAUAUGAAUGUCAAGAAUGUGGUAAAGUCUUCAGUAGUUCUAGUUCCUUUCAAAUACAUAAAAGAACACACACUGGGGAGAAGCCCUAUGUAUGUCAAGAAUGUGGAAAAGCCUUUAGUUGUCCCAGUACCCUUCAGAAACAUGGAAGAUCUCACACUGGAGAAAAACCUUAUGUGUGUACAAAGUGUGGGAAAGCUUUCAGUCGGUCCAGUAACUUUCGAACACACCAAAGAUCUCAUUCUAAGGAAAAACUGCACAAAUAUAAGGGUGGGUAAGCCUUAAUUUGCUACAGUUUCUUUGAAAAGCAUAGAAGAGCUCACGUUGGAGCGGCACCCCAUACAAGGAAUAUAGGAAGGCUUGCUUUGUGCAGCUGUCUAGCUCUUUUGAGAGUGCAUAUUGGUGGGAAACCUUACAAGUGCAGACAGUGACAAUGGCUUUUGUGUUCUACUUCAGUUUGAGGUUGUGAAAGAACAAUGGAGAGAAUAUAAACAGGAAUAUAAGCAGCAUACAUAAGCCGUCAGUUGGCUCAUAUCCUUACAGAAAUGGGUGAGAAUGUUCACUGGGGAUUAGUGGUGUAGCUCUUUGGUAUAGGGCUUACAUCACAAUCACAGUUUGAUCUCCGCACUACUGUCAGAAAAUCUGAUCUAGCACUCCCACCAGAAAAAGAAAGGAGGGCAGGUGGGAGUGCACACUGGAUUAAAAAGUUAAAAGUGUGAAAAAUGAAGUUUUCAAUUUUAGUAAUAAAGACUAUAAUAAUUUCCAGUUUAGUCAAAUAUACAAAUUGAGGUAAUAUGAAAAAGCUAAUGCAGAUUAAAUACAUAAUGCUCUGGAAAGCACACAUUGUGAAAGAAAUACUGUAAAAGAUAUAAAUUUAUUUUGUUUUAUAAAUGGUUCAUUGUUAAUGUGGAUGUUGGGCCUGUGGAUACACUUCUUUAAAGAAUCACUGAGGUAAGAUAAUUUUGUAAGUAUUUGUAAAGCAACUGUGAGUUUAAUAAGUAGUGUUUCUUAAGUCAAUAAAUACUAUUUUGUUUUUUCAUGGUACUGUGGAUUGAAUUAGGGAGUGCUGAACCACAUUUCUAGCACUUUUUAAGUUUUUGAGUCAGGUUCUAAGUUACCUAGGCUGGCAUCUAACUUGCCCCUACCUUAGCCUCCCCAAUAGCUAUGGUUAUAGAUAUGUGCUAUGUUGCCUGGCUCACUUAAUAAAAAUUUUGUUUGUGUGUGGAAUCUGUGGAUGAAUUGAAAUGCAUUUUUAGUAUAGAAAGAGGUUUAAUUUUUAUAUAGUUGUUGGAUUCUGUGGGUAAUAGGUCAUUGAAAACUAAUCUGUUAAUAGUUAGGACUUUCUUAUUGACUGAAAUAUAUUUAUUUCAGAAAUAGUAUAUUUCUUACUGUUCUGAAAUAUACCUUGCCCAUUCUAUAUGUUCUACCAUUUUCUUAUGGAGAAAACUUUUUAAAGGGCACACAAGUUUAUAUCUUCUUGGCUAAUAAAGAAUUGACAUCAGA